CAGUCCCCUCCGGGUUUCCGUACCUUACGAAAGCAAAAGGUUGUAUAGCUUCAGUGCUAACUUCGCUUGUUCGUGCGCUGACAUUGAGAACUACCACGACAACCCACGUUUGAUAUCGCUUUUAAAUAAAAGGGCCCUCAUCAUGGUGACUGGAAAGCGCCUGGCUGACAUCGGCUAUCGGGCUUUCUCUGCCUCGAUGAUGCUGCUGACAGCGUACGGAGGUUACCUGUGUGCCAUGCGAGGAUACCGCUACAUGCAGAGAGAAAAACAAUUGAAACUGGCAGCAGAAAACCAGGAUCCUGAAGUCAUCAAAGACUGACGUCAGACGGACUGAUCUUUUUGCACAGAUGUGGACAUUACCCUAUUCCUGCUUUUCGUCCAUAGCAAAAUCACGAAGAUGUUCAAUCUUCUCAGGAUGUUUGUGUGAUUUCAUUGGGAUGGUAUUGUGCCCUCACAAGGAAGAUUUUUUGUUAGUGAAAACUUCAAGAAAAUUAACCAAGAACAUAUUAUUUGCAUCAGUGGCCUGUAUCAGAUCCAUGUUAAAAGUGGCAAUGUAUCAGAAGUGAAGACGCCUGUAACUCUUUGUAUUAUAUUAUAUUAAAGACCUUUAACCACA